AUGCGUCUCGCGCUCUUCGCGAGCGCGGCCUUGACAGGCAUCCUCGAGCGCCGACCAGAGCUCUCCUCUCCUCUGACGAGCGUGCGGAGCCUCCGCGAGGGCACUUUCUUGUACAAGCACGAUUACGAUCCAUACGCCGGCGGCGUCUUUUACCAUUCCCCCCUGUUCCUCCUCUUCUUCUCGUACGCCGUACCGAUCGAGUCAAGCGUCCUCACAGCCGGGCUAUGGACCGCCGUCGACGUGAUUGUGGCAAUCCUGCUUGUCAAGAUCUGGCGUUCCCGCCACCCGGCGGGCUCAAAAUGGUCUUCUCGCGACCACACAGUCGCCCUCUUAUACCUCUUCAAUCCAUACACUCUACUGUCGUGUCUCGCGCGGUCGACGACCACCAUCGACAACGCCUUGUGCUUGUACGCCAUCGCGGCCACUUACACGGGCAACGGUGCCCCCGCCAUGGCCGCGCUCGCCAUUGCGACCCAGACCUCGCUCUACCCCGUCAUCCUCCUCCUUCCUCUCCUACUGGUGCUGCGUCAUCUCGGUGCCCCAAACCAAAAGCUCGCGGCCUACUCCCUCGUGUUCGUCGGCACACUUGCGACCUUGGCUGGUCUCGCAACCCUCGCGUGCACUGACUCGUGGAUUGCGCGCACCUGGGGCGUCAUCCUCGCCGUCACCGACCUCACGCCAAACGUCGGCAUGUGGUGGUACUUUUUCACCGAAAUGUUUGACCACUUUCGCAUGUUCUUUCGCGGUGCAUUCCAACUCCACAUGCUCAUCUACAUCGUGCCACUGUGCCUCCGGCUCCCCGAUCCGCGGCAGGCUGUGCUCAUCCUUGUUGGUACCAUGGCGACGUGGAAGAGCUACCCGACACUCGGUGACAUGGCCCUCUGGGCCGGCCUCCUCAGCUGCUAUCCCGACUAUUGCACAAACCUCAACCACCCUCUCUUCUCGCUCACCGUCCACCUGUACACGGCCAUCCUGUUGCCGCUGCUGCACACGCUGUGGUUGCUCACGGGUGCAGGCAACGCCAACUUUUUCUAUGCCGCUACCAUGGUGUACGGGCUCAAUGCGACACUCGCGAUUGCCGACGUGCUAGGGGCCAUCAUCAACCUCGACACGCGGAGGCGACUCAUGGACAUUGUGCCCGGCAAGUACAAACAGUACAACCCGCCUGCCGACUCGGGCGAGAUCAUCCAGGUCGACUUCCCGUCUAACUGGACCGUAGCCCAGCUUGCCAGCUUGGAAUAG